UCGAAUGUGUAUUACAGUGAAAGGGAAACCUGCGCCAUACAAGUACCAAAUAAUUAGCUAAAAUUCUUACAAUUUAAGAAUUAAACAUAUUCAAAUAUAACUAAGAAGCGGCAGAUAAGCGCAAUCAGCAAAAUGUGUGGUGGUUUUACCUGCUCGAAGAACGCGCUAAUUGCGCUCAACAUUUUGUAUGUGAUGAUUGGUUUCUUGCUGAUUGGCGUUGGUGUCUACGCUCGGGCUGCGUCGGUCGUUACAAAUCUGCCAAUUGUUGGCGGCAUCCUUGCCUGCGGCGUGAUACUCAUCUGCAUAUCCAUGCUGGGCCUCGCUGGCGCUGUCAAGCAUCAUCAAGUGAUGCUCUUCUUUUACAUGAUCAUUCUGUUCAUGCUGUUCCUCAUUCAGUUCUCGAUUGCCAGCUCCUGUCUGGCUGUGAAUGCCGAGCAGCAGCAACAGUUUGCCGAGCAGGGCUGGAAGACGGUGCCGCCAAAGUUGCGCAAACAGGUGCAGGAUAGUUUCCGUUGCUGUGGCUUCAAUGCCACCACCACACCAACCACCACCAGCACCACCACCAUAACCAAUGUUAACGAUGAGGAGCCCAGCUGCGAUCUGAUUAAUCGGGAGUGUUGUGCCGAUUCCAAGGAUCCGUUAUGUCAUUGUGGUCCCUGUGGCCCCCUGCUAGAGGAUAAGAUUGAUUAUGCCUUUAAGCUAUGCGGUGGUCUGGGCAUCUUCUUCAGCUUCACUGAGGUUUUGGCCGUUUUCUUUGCGCGUCGCUAUCGCAAUCAGCACGAUCCUUGCUAUUUGCCUGCUCGCGCCGUCUUUCCACACAACUAUCAGUACUGAAGAUAAAGGACACUUUGUUGUGGAAAGCUGCCACAAGAUGAUCAAAGAGAACCAAGGCGCAGGCAACACUUUUAGUCAAUGGGACGAAGGCUGAUUUAUAAUUUUUACACAAAACUUCCUAGCAAGAACUGAAUUGAGUGGAAGUCGAAAUGCAUUCUUGAAUAUUUGCAUAUAUUACUAAUAUAAAUAUAUAUAAAUGCUUGCUUAGUCAGUUCUUAGUUUUUAGCUGUGCAAAAAAUCGAGAUUAAGUUCCAACUCGCAAAUUGAGAUUAUUUUUAGUUAAUGGUGUUCUUUUAUUGUGUAAAUUUCUCUGUGUAAUUGUUUGUACAAUUUAUGUAUUAUUUGUAAGUAGCACUUUAGAAAUAUACACAUAUAUGUUUUAUUUGCAACUGGCAACAAUCACAAAAGUCAACUCAAAAACUGCUGUACCACUACAGAAAAAGAAAGAAAAAAAUCAUUUCGAACCUGAUCUUAAGCGUAGAACCAAGUCAAAUGUAACUAGCAAACUGGCAACUGUGUUUUAAACAUAUACAUAAACACAACAAACUUAUAUACAUAUAGAUACGGUCGAUAUAUAUAUAAAUAUAUAUAUACAAACAUAAUUCAAUAUAAAAGGUAACAUAUAUAUACAUAUAUAGAUGUUAGAUGUGUGUUAAAAAGAAAAAAGAAGAAAAGAAAACUUUGAAAUUAGCACUAAAAGGCAAACCUAUAAAAAUACAUGUCAACAAAUAUUUGAUAAGUUUGAAAAUAAUAUCACAAACACCUUCCAAAGAAACAAAAACAACAACAACAAGCCUUGAGCUUUAUUGCUGCUUUUCCUCGCUGCCUCUUCUAUCCCCCACCCCACCCUGCUCUGCAGUUAUCAAUACAUUUUCCAAUUUACACAGCAGCGCCUUCAGCUGCUACCGCUGUCUCCUAGCGCUUGCACCCACGCGAGCCUUUUCUUGUUUUCCUCUCACACCUAUACACACACACACAUUCACACUCAAUAUAACCAAUAGCUUUUCUCUUGCGUUUCAAUUUCAUACUUCCUUUCCAAGGCCACAAGGAAACCCUGAAAUGAAAAUUCUCUGUAUUCUGUGCUGUGAUUGAAGUAAAUAUGAUCUUUAAAAACUAAAUAAAUUCUCGAGUUUCAUUUCCCUUCAGCCCAAUUAAAGCCACUAACGAGCACAGCUGUCUGGCUGCAUCGGCAUCCUUAGCACACGGUUUCAACUUACCAACCAAAUGGGAUAGCUUCACAUCGUUAUUUGCGGCCGUCGAGGAGUGGCCACUGUGGUUGCAAGUAGCCAAGGAAAAAAAGUUAUAGAAAAGUGAAAAAUUAGUUCACCUUGGAAAACAAAUAAGUUCUUAAGUGCUGCCAGAAAUUGUAUAAUUAGUGUCCAAUCAAAAAAUGUUAUAAAUACAAUAAUCAGGAUAAGAUGGAUAUUG